UUAAUGGUCAACACCAUGCGCUGGAAGUUGACUAUAUUGUGGCUCUUCGUUUCGGUGUAUGCCGCACCUGUGAUAAGGUGGCGGCGUCAAAUAGUGACGCCUAAGCACUUGAUGGGACCCCCUUUGCCGACCAGCUUUCAGGGCAAGGUAGUGAUCACACCGCAGAAUCUGAGAGAAGUGGCUGAUCUGAGGGCCACGAUCCAUAAGGCCAUCGAUGAAGACACCUACGUGGUGGCCGCUCCGCCAUCGCAGGAUUUUCUAGCCAGCCUAGGUGGUAGUUGGCCAGCACCUUUAUUAUUGAACCAGCCCUGGAGUGCGGCAGCCCUUAACUUUACCAUCCUUUGGCCCAGAUUCGGCUGACAGCGUGCCCAACCACUUUACUAAAUUUUGUAGAUUGUAAUAAAGUCAAGAUGACCGGUCAAAGAGGUGCGGAAAUCGCAGGAGCUUCGAACCGCGCCGCUUGAAGAACUGGAAGGAACGAAAGAGUAAAUGUGAUCAAUCAAACAAACAUGAAGCCAUAUCUAGCAUUUCUUUAGUUUUUAUUGUUUUUUAAUUCGACAAAUCGGAAAAAAUAAUCAGGGUUUUAUAUGAAGUAAACUACGGAAUUGUACGGUUUAGCAAAUAUUGGUUUUUUUUUUGUUAUGAUUUCCAUUUCAAAUGUGUUUGCCCUGUACAACAUGUCAUCUUAACCACUAUAUAUUCAAUUAGUUUUAGCGCUAGUUAUAUUUAAGGUACCACAAACAAAAAAUUCUCUAAAAUAUAUGUUUACACUAUUUAA